AAUGCGAACGUCGACGUAGGCCCGCCUGUUGUAGUACAAGCGGCACAAGCACAAAAAAAGGAGUCCCAUGAAAACAUCGCACGAAUAGCAAAGCGGUAUCUCGACGAUAACAUGCAGCAGGCGUGGAUCAAUCCUCGGUUAAUAUCAAUGAUAAACGUGGAAGCAGUAACUUCAACGGAUUACGACUCUUCGAACCUCAGUAGAGACUUCAAUCAGGUUGGCUUCAACACUUACAACUAUUCCCAGUUCGAGGAGAAGUACAAGCCACGGCAGAUCUUCAAAUACGGAGACGAGUAUCUCGAGUACGGGCGCAAUUCCGUCCGGCUCGAUUCAAACGCUGAGAGAUCAACGGCAAGAUUAACUGGGAGAUAUCAACAGGACGGGUUGACUAAGUUCGAGCAAAGAUAUUCGAGGAGUCAUUCGCAGCCUGAGAGACAGCAGUAUGCUUAUCACGAAACGCGAUCCAAGUCACAGGACUCGCGAGAGUUGACAUUUUAUCAUAUCGAUCCACCACCGAAAUUGGAGAAUCCUCAACCACAACAACAGCAACAACAACAACAAUCGCAGCAGCAACAACCACCGCAACAACAACAACAGCAGCAGCAGCAACAGCAACAGCAACAACAGCCAAAUAAAUCUCAUCGACCUAGCACUGACAAAUCAGCUGCUUCGAAUAAAAAAGAAUUAACUUUCUACAAGAUCGACGGACCUAGCGCAAACUCAGCUUCUACGCAAGACAAGUGUAAAGAUAAAUCUGAUAAAAAAGAUAGAAAUCAAGAGAAGUCACAGAGUUCGAAACACGUUAAACAAAAUCAUCAUCAUCAUCAGGAACAGAAGAACAAUCCAACAAUACCACCGAAUUAUCAGUUGAACAGAUCCCAAUCAGAUUUGACCGAAUGCCAAUUACCGGAUUACUAUAGGCAUCAGAAUAAUCCUUACAUCGAUCCACCUAAGUAUCGUCAAUACGAUAGACCUCCGAAAUAUCAAGAGACACCACCAAAAUCAGAACCACCCCCAAAGUAUCAUGCUGAGCCACCGAAAUAUUCUGAAAUUGUUAGACGUCAGGAUGACUCGAAAAGAACGCAGCAGGAGGAGAGGACGACAAGACGUCAGGGUGCAGGAUUAGGAGGAGCAGGAGGAGGAAUAGGAGGAACAACGUUAGGAGGGGGAGCAGGGGGAGGGUGUAGUGGUGUAGGUGUAAGUGUAGGUGUAUGUUUAGGAGGAGGAGGAGGAGGAAGUGGAGGAGGAGGAGGAGGAGGUGGAGGAGGAUGCAGCACAGGGAGCACGAGCUGUAGCAGCUUAUGUUGUAGUAGCGGCUGUGGUAUCGCAGGAGGGGGAGGCGGAGGGAGGGGAGGCUCUACUCAUGGCGCCGAGACGCCCUCUAAUCUAGCCAGUAUCACGCCGACCGCGCGAGAAGCAAUACGCUUGCCGUCGGCCCGUAGUCAACGUUUCCAGCACAAGACGUGCGACGUGUUGCUGUUACGUUGUCCAAAUAAUAACAACAACAAUAACAACAACAACAACAACAACAACAACAACACUAGCAGCAGCAGCAGCAGCAACAGUUGCAACAAACAGGAGGAUAUUUAUUGCGACAGCAGCGACGAUUCGGAACUUUUAUUGACGCCAAAGUGUCACGUUGAGCAAUCAAAGGCUAGUCACCAUUAUCACAGUCAUCACAGUCAUCAUAAUCAUCAUCAUCAUCAUCAUCAUCAUAAUCAUAAUCAUCAUAAUUAUCAUCAACCGGCACAACAACAGCAUCAACAACAACAAAUUAGAUCGGGUUGUAGUGGCAGUGGUGUCAUUUUGAACAGUGGUGCUCCAUGUGCAGGUGGUUGUUGUAGUAAUAAUAGUAGUAGUAGUAGUAGUAGUAGUAGUAUUAAUAGUAGUAACAACGGUGUUUGCGUUGGUGUGACAAGUAAUAAUGGUUUCGGUGGUACACCCUCCCCAUGUUGCGAACUGACCAGUACCAGCGAUAAAUAUAAGAGUGCUGUGGAGUCCUUGCUGAAGGCCAACGAAGCGGCGCAAGGCCGUCCCGUUGAUAGAUCCAUGCUGAAGAUCGAGAAGCCACAGUCUUCGUCCAAGGUGGUUGCUUUGCACGGUGUCGAAGGGACUGGCAAGUCGAUGGACAGGAUGAAAUCCUCGCAGGACGUCGUAGGUUAUGUUGGUAAGCACGAGCCGGUAAAAUCCAAGGGGAAUCACGAUUCUACUCAUGGAUUCAAGGUCGAGAAUCUCAAGUAUUACGGCGAGUUGAAGGGCUAUGAUUUUAAAUCUUACGGUACGAUCGACAAGGCAAUCGUUACCGCUCACGAGAAGUCACAUUUGCAUGGUGCACCACAGGAGAAGGUUUCUCAUGAGAAAUGUCACGCGAAAUUGUCGUCAGGUUCGACGUCCUCGGCAUCGUCACCGGCGAUCCAAGCAUACCUGAAGGUACCAAACGUCGUCGAUCGUCAAGCAGAGAAGAGUCCCUACGGGGAGCACUAUUAUCAUAGAUCGUCACACUCCAAGCCGCAGAAUGCGUAUCAGGUUUAUCAGGAGACGAAGUAUUCUUACAACGUUAGUGGGGUGCCUGGAACACCGGCACAGGCCAGCGCAGCCGCAGCGUUCUUUGCAAGAGCCGCACAGAAGUUAAACCUGUCGUCGAGUCCCCAUCGUCGACGGCGUUCCGGUGACGAGAACAUCGGACCAGAAGAGCAACCCAUCUUUCCUAAUGGAUACGCCGCAUUGCUUCUCAAAUCACCGCCUCCGGCACCACCGGCCCUUCUCAGACGAAUAGGAGUCAAGGAGCUCACCGGAGUUGGCAAGGUGAAAGUCAUGCUUAGGGUGUCCCCAGGGGACGGUGGUAGUUUCUUUAACGCCGAUAAACGUAAGAAGCAAGUGACUUUGGUGGAUCCAGCAUCUGGUCAAUCUUCCUCGGCUGAAGAUCGUAGGCCAACCGUAGCAGCACCGAAGAUGUUUGCGUUCGAUGCUAUAUUCACGGAGGAAGAUUCUCAGACGGAAAUCUGUUCGAGCGCCCUUACCGACGUUAUUCACGCUGUCAUCAAUGGAACGGAUGGUUGCCUCUUUUGUUAUGGACAUGCAGGUUUGGGCAAGUCUCACACAAUGUUGGGCACCCCUGAGGCAGGCCACACUUUGGGUGCAAUCCCGUGCGCGAUAGCGUGGCUCUUCCGUGGAAUUUCCGAGCAACGUCAGAGAACCGGCGCCAGAUUUAGCGUGAGGGUCAGUUGCGUUGAAUUGACCACCGGCCAGCAACAGUUGAGAGAUCUUCUUGCCGCUCAUGCGAAUGAUUCAGAACAAUCACCGGCCGUUUAUCUGAGAGAUGAUCCACUGUUCGGUACAUUGCAGUUGCAACAACACAGUGAGCUCCGAGCUCCGACCGCGGAACGUGCAGCUUUUUAUCUCGACGCAGCAGUUGCCGGUCGUCAACGAGAAGAUGGAGAUGCUCACAUGCUCUAUACUUUACACGUGUAUCAGUAUAGCGUGGCUGGCAAGGGUGGUGUCGCCGGUGGUAGAAGCAGACUACAUCUCAUGGACCUUGGUAAUUCCGACCGUGGUAAAUCGUCCGGUGGAAUACCACUUUCGGGUCUGGGAAAUAUUCUCUUAGCCAUUUUCAACGGACAAAAGCACUUGCCGUACAAGGAGCAUAAGCUAACCCAAUUACUGAAGGAAUGUCUCGGCUCGUUAACGUGUCAUGCGGCAAUGAUCGCCCACGUAUCUCCGAAUGCACAACAUUAUACCGAGACUCUAACGACCGUGCAGUUGGCAUCGAGGAUUCAUCGGAUGAGACGUAGGAAGAUUAAGUUUGUCGGUGGUGGUACACAGGGUACCGGAAGUGGUGGUAGCUCGGGCGAGGAAGCAGCCAGACAGAACAGCGAAUGUGAUCCAAGUUCGAGUGAUCUUUCAGCAGAUACCGUAAUCUACGUUGGUCCAUCCGCCGAUGACGCAACCGACGGAGAACAUCCACCGGUUUACAUUCCUAGUUUGAAUUCCGGUGAUAAUCGUUGUGCCAUGGGUAGAGUUCUUCGUGGUUCAGCGGCUGAGAGACCUAGUAAGAUACCUGAGGAAAGGAGUCCGGCACACAAGGCCACGAAAAUAGCGAAGACUUUAACGCAAACAGCUUCGAAACAAACUUCACCUGCUCACAGUGCCACGCCAAAGGCCAGUCCAGCGAGAAAGAUAUCUUCGAGCAAGGUUUCGAGUUCAAAGGUAACCGACUCGCCGAGUAGUAAGAUUCCAGUAGCCGCUUCGAGUGGUGCUUCGGACGAACAGUGGAUAGAUGGUCCAAGAAUUUCAAAAUCAAAGGUUGCCGAGGCUAGACACAUGUUGAAGGAUUCUCAUCAUAAACGAGAGACUUGGAUAGACGGACCGAUGCAAUUGACCGGUCCCCCUCUCUUACCACUUCAUACUCAACAACAACAUUCUUCCGGUUAUGGAUUCAUGGACAGCCAUAAGAAGAGUAUGAUAAGGAAAUGGGUGGAAAAUCAGUCGUCGCAAAUUCAAAGAUCUAAGCACGCUCAGUCACGUAUGGAACCGUUAAAAGGCACUGGACAAUCUUCUCAGUUCAAGGAAAUGACGACGUUCAAAAGUUGUUCCGCCACUGUUGACGACGACGAUACCUCUUUAUCAACGGCUGAGAGUGAUAGUCUGAAAGCCAACGAAAUCGAAGACAUCACUGAGAAACUCGGAGCUAAACUAAAUCUUCUCAACGUCAAGUCAAACACCGAUUCGGGAUUAGACUUAACAGCUAGCCCAGUUAUGGACGAUAGCGUUGAUAGAGGAAAGUUAGAUCUUCCGGAGGAUGAGGAUGACGACGAAGAGAUAGUUGUACCACCCCCUUUACCUCUGAUCGAACCUCUUAGCAAUGGAGUUAGCAGAGAAGUCUCAAUGGAAAGUUUGAAUCUUUCUCACAAGGACAUUGUACUACCAUCCAGACACUCGCUCUCAUCCGAAGACGAAAUCUUAGAAAUUGUUGAGGUAGAAGAUUUAGAACCAGUGCCAAUGCAGGAUUCCUGUCUUCAAGUCACGGAAGAGGACAUUGCCAUGUGUAUGGGAGAAAAUCCUUUACCAGAAAGCGAUCAAGAAGAACAUCCUUUAAGAAUUCUAAGCCAGGAGAAUCUCACGGUUGUCUCUACGUUUACUGACUCAAUGUCGGUGAUGUCAGAUACGGAACGCUACAGAUCUCAUUACCCGCCGCCUGUUGGUGCUGGUGUAAUGCCAAGGCCAUAUUUCGACCAUGAGGAUUUCUUAGAACAAGAGACCAGGCACAAGUUCGAUCAAUUGGCACGACUUCACGAGCUCUACCAAAGCAAGCUAGCUCUCGCUAAUGUCUCGAAUUCAGCGACGUAUCAAAGAGAGAAUUCGUCCACUGUGAACUCCCGAGAAGCUCCAUCCGCCACCAUCUUCCGUCCGCCAUCACGCUGUCAGUCAUUGUCCCUUACGGACGUCUUAUUCAACGACAAUGCGAGCAAUCAUGGUAGUAUCUACAGCGAGCCCGCAUAUAUAGCUGGCAAGUCCGAUCAGGAGAAGAUAUGUGACAAUUGUCGUCAAAGUAUGUCAAGACCAGCGACAGCAUUUUAUUGGUACCCAAGUAGCGUCGCUCAUCUUGCCAGUCCAAGAAGGUACUGCGGCAAAUUAGGCGAGUGCAAUAUAUCUAGUCUGAGGCAUCCAGACGGUGCUUCGAAUCCUAAUUUAAAGGAAGAAAUCGAAAGGAUACCUGGAAACGGUGCUUCGGGCUCGGAUCCUGAGGAGGAAUACGUUGAGGCAAAGAAACUCUUCACUGCGGCGGAGAGAUCGGAAAGGACGAUUACGGGCAAGUCUGAUAUCGAGGAGGACGUUAAAAUUCAAGCACCAUCCUCCGGUAGAAUGCAACGAAAAAUUCUAAGUCUUGGUUCCUCGUUGGGUCUCAACAAAGAGGGUUACGAAUCCGACGCCGAUUCAGCAGCACGGGCAGCUAAAUUGUCACCAGCUACUUUGUCCAGACAUCGUGCUGAAAGUUCGGGAUACGACAGUGUUGUAAGGGACAGUGAGACCAGCAGUAUCGCUAGUGAUUCUUCUAGGCAAACCAGUGCUCUUCAAGAACAUCAAGCGGUGGAACGGCGGGUGGCAGGGCGCGUGCUCCGGGCACGGCUUCACUCUCAGCAGGUGGCACGGCAUCCGGUCGAGCCACCACUGCUGCCACCGGGGAUACUCGUUUACACAGGCGAGGACGUGGACAUCCUGGACAAGCGCGCGCGAUUGCGUUCGGAGCCACGUGGCACGAUGUCCAAGAUACACAACCUGCGACUGCGCCAGCGCCUUCUUAGGCACGAACUCAAAGACGCCAAGAAACGAUUGAUGGUUCCCGACUGUCGUUGGAGUUACGAAUUGCACGUGGAGGACAGUAUGGACUGGCGUGACCCGUCCUUUCUCGAGGCUCUCGAAGCUGAAACUUGUAUACUCCAGAAACGAGUAGAAGCUUGCAAGAGUCAUGUCCUCUUGGUCACCUGUUUCGAUUUCUGUCCUCAACGCUCCUCAACGAGUAACGUCGCUUCGCCGCAAGAAAUAAAUAUCACCUAACGUAGAUUCGGAUCAGCGCGUACGACCGCGUGCUGAUCAAUACCGAUACCGGUUAACCAUCUUAACAUGCGUCUUCUGCUCUGCCUACGAUCGAAAUCUUUUGUUUUCUAUGAUUCGCUAGGUCGGCGAUAGAGUUAAUAAAAGAUAGAGAAGAGAAGAGACGAGCGAGGUCGUCGAAUAAAAUGCGUCACCGACACCGGCGCCGAUGUCGCUCGACUCCGUCCAGAAUAACUGUUAUGGUUAGUCAAAAAAUCGUCGUAUCCUCGUCUUACCAUCGCACGUCGUUGUUAUCCUUUGUCCAGUUUAAGCGCUACGGGAAGAAAAAUGAAAAGAAAAGAAAGAGAAAAGAAAAAUAAAAAGAGAGACAGAGAAAAAGAAAGAAAGAGAGAGGGAGAGAGAAAUGCCUCCACGAUAUUUUAACCUUUCAAUUACGAAAUCACGAAGGAAGGAAAUCAUUUUUUCGCGAAUCGAUCUCGUAUCUCUCAAUCGUCUUUAAUUAAUCCUAACAUUGAAUUUAUCAUUGAAUAUUAAAAAGCGUGUUUACUAUCAUACGAUGACCUUGCUUUUUGUAGAUGAAAGGUUAAAGGGACGGCACUGUACACACAUGUACACAUCGGUAAAUAUACUUACGUACGCGCACACGCACGUGUCUUCUUAUUGGAGUUGUUAGAGACUAUAUCGAAUAUAUAUAUAAAUAUAUAUAUAUAUAUAUUAUAUAUAAAUAUAUAAAUAGUAUAUAUCUAUGUAUUCGCGUUACGAUUUCUCGACGUUCGAGUUUCCUCGGUUCUUUUUUAAAUGGCGUACGUCGAGUUUCAAAUGACUCCCCACAAUCGAGAUAGAUAAAAGAUGUUAUUAUUAUUAUUAUUAUUAUUAUUAUUAUUAUUAUUAUUAUUAUUAUUAUUAUCAUGACUAUUAUUAUUAUUACUAUUAAUAUUAUUAUAAUUAUUAUCGUAAUCAUUAUUAUUACUAUUAUUAUUAUGAAUUAUUGUUACGAAAUGUAGAGAGCGCUCGACAGGCGAUUAUUAUAUAUAAAUGUUUAUAUUUAAUUUAUUCAUUUUUAACGUACAAAAGAUAGGUGCUGCGUUUAUUAUCAUUCUUAAUGCGUGUAUCGUUCGUUGCACUUCGCGUUUCAAGUAAAUGAAAAUUUAAAGAAAAAAAAAAAGAAAAAAAAUAAUAAUAAUAAUAAAAAGAAAAAAAAAAGGAAAUAGAUUCGCACUGCCGUUGAUCGACCGAUAUAAUAACGAUAACUUUACCGAAAGCCUUCCGACGAACGUAAAGUAGCGUUUGUUAAAUUUUAUUACGAACGAACGGACGCGCUGUUGCGUCCUUCUCCUCGUAUCGUUCGUUCUAGUCGCGUUAGGCAAUAAUAUAAUCGAUUAGAUCCGUACUGCCAUACUGACCGAUACGACGUCAAUGAUAGAAAAGGAAGAAAGAAAAGAAAAAGAAUGAAAACAAUACACGACUUCCAAUAUAAAGACUGUCGGUGAAUAGGCCGAAUUUUUAGCGUUUCAAAACGAUGAAGACAAAUAGAGAGAGACGAUCGAUUUAUUAUGGAUUUACUAAAAAAUACAUUCUUCGAUGAGAUUAUUUAACGUGAAACUUAUGCGAUUAGAAACGUGCCAUGAAAAAUGUGUGAGGUGGACUUUUCUAAUCGAGAACUCGAUUGUUUCUUUCUAAUCGUAAAAAUGAAAUGAACGGAAAAAGAAAAAGAAAAGAAAAGAAAAAAGUACAUAAAUAAAUAAGCAAAAAAGCAAUGUAUAAAUAUCAAAGUUCGAUCACCAUCGUCAUAGAAAUCUCGAUUCAUGUUAUUGUAAACGAGUCGUAGAUAUAAAAUAGAAAACUGCCAACGAGCAACAUGCUACUGCCAAAAGGGAGAAAGAGAAACAAAAAAAAAGAAAAGAAGAAACGGAAGAACGAAAAGAAAACGAGAGCACGAUAAAAUCAUUUUUUGUACGAUUUAAGAGUUAAUGAGAAAAAGAUUAAAGUAAAGGUAAUGAAGAAAAGAAAGAAAAAAAGAAAGAAAAGAAAAAAUUAAGGAACUGCGACCGCAAGCGAACUAACUUAAAAUAUACACGCACGUUAAUUCAAGAUAUUAUCGUAGCUUUAAUUGUUAUCGGCAGUUAUCGCACUUCGUAGGGUUCUGUAACUUCACGUAGAAAGACGCUGAUCGUGGUGAAUACGAGAUUAAAAAGAAAAAGAAAUAAAGAGAUAGAGAGAGAGAGAGAGAGAGAGAGAGAGAGAGAGACGGAGAAAUAAUUAGAAAAUUGCAUUUGUAAAAAUGAAACUCGUAAGAACACGUGUAAGGAAUGAAAAUAUAUCUCGUUUUCGAUAAAACAGGAAAAAAGGAUAAAAUAUAAAUAAUAACAAUAAAUAAUAAGAAUAAAAAAAAAAUAAAAAGAAGAAAGUCAAAAGGAAAACAAUUAGAUUAGCCAAGACUUCUCGAAAAUAUCAACGUUGAGAAUAUUUAAGAGAAAAGACAACGUACGGGGUUAAGAAGUGGACGGUCCCGAAAAGAAGGGAGAGAAUGAAAAUAGGCGGGAUAAAAAUAAAUCGGUAUACCAGUAGGCGGUUAAAAUGCAAAAAUAGAGAUUCCAGCAUUCGAAUGCGUGUCGCGGCGAACCGAGAUCCGAUAACUAUCAAAAACAUCCCCUCUCUUUUCGUCUUAAUUUUCGUUUCGCAUAUAUGUAUCUACCUCUCUUCAAUUUUCCUUCGUGCAUUAUGUAUAUAUAAGAAUAAUGUAUCUAUGUAUGUAUGUACGUAUGUAUGUAUGUAUGUAUGUAUGUAUGUAUGUAUGUAUGUAUGUAUGUAUGUAUGUAUGUAUGUAUGAUCGAAUAAGCAAAUAUGCUCGAUCAGAAAAAAAAGAAAAUGAAAAAAAAAAACGAAAGAAGUUGACUAAUCGUAAGAACAAAUUCUUUGAUUGGUGUUUCGAGCUUUUAGCCUGAAAUUCGAAUUUUUGUUCCGCCCGUUUCUUUUUUUCUAUUACACAUAUACACAUACAUACACACACACACACACACAUACACAUGUACAUACAUAUAUAUAUAUAUACAUAUAUAUAUAUAUAUAUUUUAUAUUUUCAGAAAAAAAAUGUAAUAAUCACCUAAAGUAUGUAAGAUAAAAAAAUUUCAAUUCGACCUACGUAAAUAAUAUCUAUAAGUACGCAAGUAAAUGUGUAAAGAGUAUUAGAAAGUGGUGGGGUGAAAUGAAAAGGAGAGUGGUAGUGGGGUGUGAUGAAGAAGAAAGUGGUGGGGAUCGUUGGUUAAUCCAUGAGUCUAUCGUUGAGACGUGCGCAGUUUUCUUUCGACCUUGGUCCUUGUCGUUACAUUUACUCACACGAUCCACGUCCUCGAUAUAAACAAAUCCUUGUUAACGAAUAUCAAGAUAGUACAAUAACGAUAAGCAAUGAUCUCUUUGUUAUUUUUCUUAAUAACAGAUUUCUAUUAGUAAAAGGCCGAUACACGUAUUGCAUGCAAUGAAAUAAGCUAACUCUCUUCGUAAGAAGAAAUCAACUUUUUCAUUGUUAAUAGUUUUAGAUUUAUCUUUAACCGAAUGAUUAAAAGAACAAACGAACGAACGAACGAACGAACGAACGAACGAAGGAACGAACGAAGGAACGAACGAAGGUGAUAUAUAGAUCUCCCGAUCGAUAUUUUUCUACGUUUUUUACAUUAUGAUUUUCACGAACGAUCUCGAUCUCCGGGCGAGGGCUUCCAAAAAAUUGAAAAAAAAAGAAAGAAAAAAGAAAAGAAAAGAAAAUAUUUCUUCCAUCUUGUCGAAGGACAGCCUCGAAUUUUUGAAACUUACGAUUUCCGUUCUCUCGUCGUCGCCGUACGCGCGUGUCUCGAUCGGAAAGCCACUGCCAAGAGAGCGUGUGUCGAGUCCGUCUACCGUGAAAUAGAAAAAAGAAAAAGAAAAAGAAAGAAAAAUGAAAGAAAUAAUAGUAUAUAACAAAGGAUGAAACGAUCUAAGGAAUAUAAUAACGCUAUCCAUUAACUGAUUGAAACGGUAGUAACGAUCUAUAACGUCCCACUGAUCAAAACCACGCGUCUCUGUAUAUAUAUUAUACUACUUGUACCAUAUUUAUAUUUUAUAUGUACAAAUUAGCCAUGUAAUUUCUUGUAAUAAAGACGAAUUUGCAACGUAGAUCAUCGUGAGGAAGAUUGAAGGAUUCAAAGAGAAAGGAAGAGAGAGAGAGAGAGAGAGACGGAAGAAAGAAAAGAAACAUGGUAAAAACCUUUUCAUUUAGUAUUUUAUUUUCAAAACAAAUUCGAAUCUAAUUUAAUGGAAUUGAAACGAUAUAUACUAAUGUAGUUUCAACUGUAUGUAUUUGCUAACGAAGUUUGUCUCUUACAACGAAAAUAUCAAUAUUAAUGAAUAGUUGGAAGAUUGAAAAAUCGAAAAACGAAAUGAUGGAAUAAAGUAAGAUCGUGUUUUCUCUUCUCUUUUUGCGUAAGAAACAUUCCACGUAUGGAAGAAAAAUAAAAUAAUGUAAACAAA